UUGCUGUGCGGGAGAGUUGUUGCUUUCGUCUGAAGUUUGACUUUGACUGAAGAGAAACGGGGCGGAAGAAAAGUCUCACCUUCCUCCUUCCUUCUUCCUCUUCAUCAUCGUUCACUCGUGGUCUUUGAGGAGAAGAGAUAAAAGGAGGCGAGGUCUUCAUUCUGAAACUAAACUCAACACACGCUCUCCUCGUUUUAGCUCUCUCCUGCCCUGAAGCCUACAAGUCUUUUGGGCAGUUAACACUUAACACGAACGUUUAUUCUAUGUGCGACGGACCAGAGUCUGAACUUUGCCUCACUAAUUCCAUUAUGGAAGGUGGAUUUCAAAAUCAGAAAGAUGGAAUUCCCUGUACAUGUUCGAAUUUGCUUGAGUUUUCGGCCUCGGAUGAUCUCCUUGGCUUCAUACAUGAAGUAGAAGAGAGGGGUUCCGAUGUGGAUGAAUUGAGCUUUUGGUAUGGUAGAAGAUUUGGGUCGAGCAAGAUGGGGUUUGAAGAGAGAACACCCCUUAUGAUUGCUGCCAUUUAUGGAAGCACUAGGGUUUUGAAGUACAUAAUUGAUGCUGGCAGGGUUAAUGUGAAUAGGUCCUGUAGCUCAGAUGGGGUGACUGCCCUCCACUGUGCUGCUGCGGGUGGCUCCGAUUCAUCACUUGAAGUUGUAGAGCUCUUGCUUGAUGCAUCUGCUGAUGCAAGUCUUGUUGAUGCUAAUGGAAAUAAACCAGGUGAUUUGAUUGCACCUGCUUUGAAAUCAUCAUGUAGUUCAAGGAAGAGGACCCUGGAGAAGCUGCUGAAAGGAGAAAAUGUUGAAAGAGAUUUUCCGUCUCCUUCGAUUUAUCAAAUCACAUGCCUGGAGGAAGAAGGGCAACAGAUGAAAACUCAGCAGUUGAAAGAAGGGAAUGAGAAGAAAGAAUAUCCUGUUGAUGUGUCACUCCCCGACAUAAACAAUGGGAUAUACAGCACUGAUGAGUUCAGAAUGUAUAGUUUCAAGGUGAAACCUUGCUCAAGAGCCUAUUCCCAUGACUGGACUGAGUGCCCUUUUGUCCAUCCUGGGGAGAAUGCAAGGAGGAGAGACCCAAGGAAGUACCCUUACAGCUGUGUUCCCUGCCCGGAGUUCCGCAAGGGGACAUGCAGACAGGGGGAUGCUUGUGAGUAUGCACAUGGUGUGUUUGAGUGCUGGCUUCAUCCUGCCCAGUACCGAACUCGUCUCUGCAAAGAUGAGACCAAUUGCUCCCGGAAGGUCUGCUUCUUCGCUCACAAACAAGAAGAGCUACGCCCCUUGUAUGCUUCCACAGGAUCCGGAAUUCCUUCCCCAAGGUCUCUUUCGGGUGGGGCUCCAGACAUGGCAGCAAUAAGCCCCCUGACACUCAGUUCGUCGUCAUCGUCGUUGGUAUUGCCUCCCACAUCUACACCGCCCCUUUCUCCUUCUGCUGCUGCUUCAUCCCCUAAGAGUGGAUCUAUGUGGAACAAGGUCAACCACACCCCUCCCAGCUUGCAGCUUCCUGGUAGCCGGUUGAAGAGUGCUUUGAACGCUCGUGAUUUGGAUUUGGAGAUGGAACUGCUCGGGCUGGAUGUCCACCAUAGCCAGCAGCAUCAGUCGCAGAAAUUAAUGGAUGAGCUAUCUAGUCUCUCCUCCCAGUCCUCUUGGAACAGUAGGAUUGGGGAACUGAACCCUAGUAACCUUGAUGAUGUUUUUGGAGGUCUUGAUGCUUCGUUGUUGUCUCAGUUUCAGGGACUCUCGCUGAAAGCCACAACACAAUCCCAGUUGCAAUCUCCAACUGGGCUUCAAAUGCGACAGAACAUGAACCAACUUCGGGCAAGCUACCCAAGCAACAUCUCCUCCUCUCCGGCAAGGAAAGCAUCGUCAUUUGGGCUGGAAUCACCCAGGGCAGUGGCUGCUGCAGUCAUGAACUCUAGGUCUGCUGCCUUUUCAAAGCGGAGCCAGAGUUUUGCAGACCGAGGAGCAGCAACAAAUUGCCCUGGUCUUACUGCAGCCACCACUUCUGCAGCUCUGAUGUCGUCUAGUCUUUCGGGUUGGAGUUCACCUGAUGGUAAAUUGGACUGGGGCAUUCAAGGAGAAGAGCUGAACAAGCUUAAGAAGUCUGCCUCUUUUGCCUUCCGAGGCAGCAAUGCUGCAGCAACAAUGGCUUCAAUGCGGUCAGCUGUUGAAGAGCCAGAUGUUUCUUGGGUUCAUUCCCUGGUGAAAGAUGUUACUCCUGUGGGGUUUGGACCUCUUGGUUCAGAGCAGCCACAGUUUCGUCGUAGUAGUGGUGUGCACGAGAUGAUCCCACCAUGGGUUGAGCAGUUGUACAUAGAACAGGAGCAGAUGGUGGCUUGAGCAACAUUUUAACCUUCACUGCUCCUUUUAACUUCUGACAAGUUUAUUUAUUUAUGGAAUUCUUCUUGGAAUUUGAUGCAUGGAAGGAGCUGGAGGGGAGACCUGAGCAGGAAGAUUAGGUCCUUGCUCGUAUCUCAAGUAGUCUGGUUACAAUUAUUAGGGUGACUAGUUAGCAGCAGAAGCAUUUUUUCUAUUUUUAUAUUUUUUACUCCCUCUUCAGGAGUUCUUUUAUGUGUUUCAGUACAAGAAGAUGUAGGAAUUGGUGGCAGGGGAAAAAUAUGUUCCUGCUGCAAGGCAGGAAUUGUAAUCGCAGUUAAACAAAUGGAGCUGUGAAAAUGUAUUUGUUUGUAAUACAUGAACUUGAGCUCGUAUAUGAGAGGGAGUCGAGAAAAUGUUGUAUUCUCUUGAGAGGCUCAUGAUGAAUAUUAAUUGUAUUAUUUGUUCCCAUAAA